UCCGUUUUUAGUUUUUUCUACUCGUCUUAUCUAUCUACACACACAAAUUAACACGUGUCACCCAUGCUCUUCACUCACAAAACGCCGUCGUUUUUACUCUGAUUUUUAUUUUUCCUCAUUCUCAUUUCUCUGUUUCAAGCUCAAACUUCACUUCCCUUCACUAGUCACUACCGAAACUUCAGACGGAAACGAUAAUGGUGGUUUUCGGUGGGAAAAAGGUUCAUCAAAUCGUCACCGGCUUAGGCGGAAGCGGCCUUGGCCAGCUCGCCGUCGCCGUUGCUGUCUCUUUCCUUGUUCGUAUCUUCUCUGCACCCGGUCCCGCUCUCUUACCGGAAAACGACGUCGACGACGAUGUUCCAAUCAACGACGGUGAAACUCCUCCUUCCACCGGAAAGGUUACCCCGGUCACAAUCCGUUGGAACAAUAUUAAUUGUUCACUUUCUGAUAAAUCCUCCAAGUCCGUGAGAUUUUUGCUUAAAAAUCUGAGUGGAGAAGCAAAACCGGGAAGAUUAUUAGCAAUAAUGGGACCUUCAGGUUCAGGGAAGACAACAUUGCUCAAUGUUCUUGCUGGUCAGCUAUCAGCGUCACCUCGGCUUCAUUUGAGUGGCCUUUUGGAGUUCAAUGGAAAGCCUAGUUCCAGAAACGCUUACAAGUUUGCUUAUGUGAGACAGGAGGAUCUCUUCUUCUCACAGCUUACUGUGAGGGAAACGUUGUCUCUUGCUAUAGAAUUACAGCUUCACAACAUAUCUUCUGCCGAAGAGAGGGAUGAAUAUGUCAACAAUCUCCUUUUCAAAACAGGCCUGGUCAGCUGUGCUGAUACUAAUGUUGGUGAUGCAAAAGUUCGUGGAAUCAGCGGUGGAGAAAAGAAACGUCUAUCUUUGGCAUGUGAACUGCUUGCAAGCCCAUCUGUUAUAUUUGCUGAUGAACCCACAACAGGACUUGAUGCCUUCCAGGCUGAGAAGGUUAUGGAAACUCUCCGACAACUUGCACUCGAUGGUCAUACUGUAAUAUGCUCUAUACAUCAGCCAAGAGGAUCAGUGUACAGCAAAUUCGACGACAUUGUCUUGCUAACUGAUGGUUCACUUGUUUAUGCUGGUCCUGCUGGUGAUGAACCAUUGACGUACUUCUCAAAAUUCGGGUACCACUGCCCAGAUCAUGUUAAUCCUGCAGAAUUUUUGGCCGAUCUUAUAUCCAUAGACUACAGUUCUUCUGACAGUGUCUAUUCCUCUCAAAAAAGGACCAAUGGGCUUGUUGAGUCAUUCUCACUAAGACAAUCUACAAUAAUAUAUGCUACUCCAAUUACUCUAGAUGACCUCUCGAAAAGUAGAAAGAGAAUCAGCAAGAGGAGUGUAGCAAAAACGAAAGGGGGCUGGUGGAAGCAAUUUCGGUUGCUUCUUAGACGGGCAUGGAUGCAGGCUUCCCGUGAUGCACCUACCAACAAAGUUCGGUCAAGGAUGUCAAUUGCAUCAGCAGUUAUCUUUGGUUCAGUUUUUUGGAGAAUGGGAAAAUCUCAGACUUCAAUACAAGACAGAAUGGGAUUGCUUCAGGUUGCUGCUAUAAACACAGCUAUGGCUGCUCUCACUAAGACUGUAGGCGUGUUUCCGAAGGAACGGUCAAUUGUUGAUAGAGAACGUUCUAAAGGCUCCUAUUCCUUGGGUCCCUAUCUGUUUUCAAAACUAUUGGCUGAGGCUCCCAUUGGAGCAGCAUUUCCAUUAAUGUUUGGUGCUGUUUUAUACCCAAUGGCACGUCUCCAUCCCACUUUGAUGAGAUUUGGGAAAUUCUGUGGAAUCGUUACUGCAGAAUCCUUUGCUGCAUCUGCGAUGGGUCUUACUGUUGGUGCUAUGGUUCCAACCACUGAAGCAGCAAUGGCAGUAGGCCCCUCUCUUAUGACAGUAUUUAUAGUAUUUGGUGGCUACUAUGUCAACCCUGAGAAUACCCCAAUCAUCUUCCGCUGGAUUCCUAGUGUUUCUCUGAUUAGAUGGGCCUUUCAAGGACUUUGCAUCAAUGAAUUCCGUGGUCUUCAAUUUGAUCAUCAGCAUUCAUUUGAUAUUCAAACUGGAGAGCAGGCACUAGAACGUCUUUCCUUUGGAAAAAGUACAAUUAGGGAUACACUGCUAGCGCAAAAUAGAAUAUUGUUAUUUUGGUAUUGUACCACCUACCUUCUCCUUGAGAAAAACAAGCCCAAAUACCAGCAACUUGAAACAACCCCUCCUGACCACAGUAAACCACAUUUAAAACUCGAGGAGUUAAAUCCUGAACAAGUUGAUCAGACACAUGAAGCACCAGAGGUCAGCCAAGUUGGUUCGGACGAGCCGCUUGAGUCACCUGAAUUAGACCCUGUUGGCUCAUUUAUCCUAGAAGGUGCUCAGUAGAGUGAUAUCUUUGCAAAGGAUGACCUGCAAUUACUGAGAAGUGAGCCUUCUCCUAUAGAACAAGACCACAAUCACUGAUUUCCACGAUGUCAUUAUCGGACAUUCAAAAAAUAAUAAUCAUAAAGCUUAUGAUAUCAGAUUUUUAGCUGGCUGUAAUAUCAAACAGUGACAGUGGAUCAUUUUAAGCAGUUUCAUGUUUGGUUCAUUUAGAUAAAGCAACUAUUUUUUAUUCAGUGAUAGGAGUAUGUGGAAAUCGUCUACGUAAAGAGUUUUUUUCUUGAUUGUGAAUAGUGCUAUGACGAAUGAUGUCUGAAAAUUGAAGCAGGCAGGUUAUUUUUAAUUGACCUAGUGGACACUAAACCUUCUAGACUU